UAUCUAUCUGUUGGCUAUGGCGUUCUUCCUGCAAGAGGACUGGACUGACUACUACAAUGAGAGCUGCUCUGAGAACAUCACUGGUCCCCUGGGAUCUUGGUGGGUGCACAAGGCCUUUGGGCAGUGCAUAGGCAAUGUGAGACAGUGGUUUGCCUUCUGGAUUGGUCUCAGCUCCAUCCUCUGCUGGAUGAUGGCCCUCAUCCCGCAACUGGUAACUAACUGUCGGACAGGGAAGGCAGACGAAGCUCUGUCAGUGUGGUUUCUCAUGCAGUGGAUGAUGGGUGACCUCACCAACCUACUAGGAGCUGUACUCACAGGGCAACUCUUCACACAAAUUGCUACAGCAGUGUACUUUCUGAUGAUUGAUUGUGUCAUUGUCUCUCAGUAUUUCUACUAUCUCAUUAAGAAUCAAGGAGUCCAAGGUCUUCGUAGUUUCUUCAAAGACAAGCCUCAAGUACUGGCUGGUCUUCUCCCCGGAGUGGUGUGUGGUCUCCUCCUGGCCUCCCAGGGCCCCUCACUGUGGACACACUCCUAUCAGACCCCACCCAGGACCGGGAGAAUACUGCAACAGAGCCGGGAGAUUGACUGGGAAGAUAUCUUUGAUUUCGACGAUGCAAAAAGUGUUGCUGGGUAUGUGCUGGGAUGCAUCUCUGCUGCUUUCUAUGUCUUUGCACAAAUCCCUCAGAUUAUAAAAAAUUGCAGACGAUGCUCUGUAGAGGGUCUUUCUCCAAUCCUGUUCAUACUGGCCAUGAUGGGAGAAAUCACGUACUGUCUGGGUAUAUUCCUCUACUCUGUGGACCCAGUGUUCCUAUUGCAGAGAUUGCCCUGGAUUGUGGGGAGUGGUGGGGCAUUGGUCUUUGAGUUCACUAUAGUGGUGCAGUUUGUGGUGAGCUGGAUUGCUAAGUGUCGCCGCGUCAAACAAGUGGAGGAAAAGGAGCCAUUGUUAGCAGUUCGUUACAAUAAGUACGAGGAAACUGAACAUUCUGAUACAGAGAUUUUUGUAGAUAAAACAAAUCGAACAGUGGUACUAGUUUUGGCUAAAGCUAUACUUAUGGCGUUCUUCCUGCAAGAGGACUGGACUGACUACUACAAUGAGAGCUGCUCUGAGAACAUCACUGGUCCCCUGGGAUCUUGGUGGGUGCACCAGGCCUUUGGGCAAUGCAUAGGCAAUGUGAGACAGUGGUUUGCCUUCUGGAUUGGUCUCAGCUCAAUCCUCUGCUGGAUGAUGGCCCUCAUCCCGCAACUGGUGACGAACUGUCGGACUGGGAAGGCAGACCAGGUGCUCUCAGUGUGGUUCCUCAUGCAGUGGGUGAUAGGGGACACUACUAACCUACUAGGAGCCAUCCUAACAGACCAACUCUUCACGCAACUUGCCACGGCUGUGUACUUUGUACUGAUAGACUGUGUCUCUGUGUCACAAUACAUCUACUAUAUUAUCAAGAACCAAGGACUCAAAGGUCUUCGUAGCUGCUACAAGGACAAGCCGACAUUACUGGCUGGUCUUCUCCCUGGGGUGGUGUGUGGUCUCCUCCUGGCCUCCCAGGGUCCCUCACUGUGGACACACUCCUAUCAGACUCCACCCAGGACUGGGAGAAUACUGCAACAAAGCCGGGAGAUUGAUUGGGGGGAUGUGAUUAACUUUGCUGACCCACGAGAUGUUGCUGGUUACGUAUUAGGCUGCAUCUCUGCUGCAUUCUACUUUUUUUCAAGGGUUCCACAAAUUGUAAAAAAUUUCAGACGAUGCUCUGUAGAUGGUCUCUCUCCAUUGCUGUUCACGCUGGCCAUACUGGGCAAUGUGACAUAUGGACUGGGUAUAUUCCUCUACUCUGUGGACCCAGUCUUCCUCCUACAGCGACUGCCCUGGAUUGUGGGGAGCGUGGGGACCCUUGUCUUUGACUUCAUUAUUAUGGGACAGUUUGCAGUGAGCUGGCUGGCUAGGUGUCGCCAUGACAAGCAAAGGGAUGCAGAGAAAGAGCCGCUACUGACUGUCCGCUAUCACAGAACAUACAAACCAUUAGCUAGUGAGGAACAUGCUGACGAGAUGAAAGUAGACACUAAAAAUGAUGCAUUCCCAUAGCAACACUUGUCCUGUUUGGGUCGUAACAAUAAUAAAAAUUUUUUAUAGUUUA